AUGGCAUCACCAAAAAUCACAGUUAUCGGGGCUGGAAGUUUCGGAAACCACGCGGCAAACUUACUUACCAAGACCUAUCCAGAAUAUCAAGUCACUUUACUAGCAGAUAGAGACUUUGCUUAUAACUUGCCAGCCACCCAUAGACUUGUCGUAGGUGGGUUUUCUAGCAAAGAUAUCACCAGACCAUUAUCGGAAAUCAUUGCUCCUAAAGUCAAUUUGAUUCAAAUUAAGGAAGUUAUCGACUUUGAUACUAAAGAAUGUAAAAUCAUCACCAAAGCCGGUCAACAAGAAACCGUUCCUCACGAUGUUCUUAUCCUCGCCACUGGUUCCAAAUGGGGCAAUCCGAUCGCCACCCAGAAUUUCGGGGCCUCUGUUGACUCCAUGGCUAAAUAUAUCGAAAGCGAAGCAGCAAAGUUGAAUGCCGCUAAAAAAGUGGUGAUUGGCGGUUUGGGCUUCGUUGGUUUAGAAUUAGCGGGGGAAUUGGGUUACAAAUUCAAAGACCAGUUGUCCAGCGGUGAAAAAGAAGUGAUUUGUAUCCAUUCAAGUCCCGAAAAUGUUCUUGAUUCUAGUUACUUGGACAGUCUUAGAAAUAGUUCUAGAAAUUAUUUGCAAAAUAUGAACAUAAAGCUAAUUUUCAAUGAAAAGGCUGAUUACGACGAGAAAGCCGACUCAACCAUCGUGAAAUUAUCCGACUCAACCAUUGAAAACGUCGACCUUUAUUACAAUUGUACCGGUCCUAUUGCCAAUCUUCCUGCAACCACAUUAUCCGGUUUGGAAACUAACGGGAGAGGGUUCGUUAAGGUCCAGAAAACCUUACAGACUUUGAACUAUCCAAACAUUUUUGCCAUUGGUGACAUCAACGAUGCCCCAGGUAAAAGGAUUAUUUACAGGGAUGAUCAUGCUCAAGUUUUGAAGCAAAAUGUGCAAUCGGUCAUUUCUGGAAACACCUCACAAUUAAAGGAGUUUGUUGUCAAACCACUAGCUGUCGCGGCAUCCAUAGGUCCUGAAGUCGGGGUUGGCCAAGCUCCAAUUCCAUUUUUUGGCGCAGUAAAGAUCCCUGAGUUUUUGAUUGUUAGAAUGAAAAGCACUCAUUUGUUUAAUGAGAAAAUCGAAGAUAUUGUUGGGAAGGUUGCCUAG